AUGAUUCCUAAUGAUGUUAAUAUUUCUUCUUCUUCUGUUCAAUUAUUUGCAAAUUUUGAUUCCGGCAAUAUGCUUCGCUAUGAACGUGUUACAUCAUCAAUAUCUGCUCCUCCAAUACCGAUAAAUUCUACUGAAACAGAUACAACUAAUACUAAUCAUAAUCAAGGAGCAGAUACUGGAGUAAGUAGUAUAAGUCAUCCAUUACCAAAACAUGAUAUUGAAUUUAAUGUUUGGACAAAACGUGAUUGUGAAGGAACAGCUAAAGUCAAUGGAAAUCGUUCAUGGUUUUAUUUUGGUAUUAAAGGUGGUCAUGGAAAAUGUGUUCGAUUUAAUAUUAUGAAUUUAAAUCGACAAGCUAGAUUAUUUGAAAUGGGAAUGUUACCAGUUUUUCGAACAGUACCUGGCCAUGAAAAAUGGUCAAGAAUAUAUACACGUCCUUGUUGGGAAUUAAAUAAUGAAGAUUUUAAAUUAUCAUUUAUUCAUCGUAUAACAGAUUCAAAAACUUCUAUAACCUAUUUCGCAUUUUGUUUUCCACAUUCAUAUGAAGAUAUGCAAAUAUUACUUAAUACAUAUGAUACAUUAUAUAAUUCUCAACUAGCUAAUCAUUAUUUAGAACGUCCAUCAAUUCAAAUAAAUGGUUCAGAUAUUUAUUAUCAUCGUGAAACAUUAUGUUAUUCUUGUGAUCAAAAUAAACUUGAUUUAAUUACCAUAACUUCUUAUAAAGGUAUUACAAAAGGACGUGAACAUCAUUUUGAUAGAAAUUUAUUUCCUGAUUCACCACACUUAACAAAACGUCCACAUCAAUUUCGUAAUAAACGCGUUUUUUUUCUUUCAAGUCGUGUACAUCCCGGUGAAACACCAGCUACAUUUGUAUUUCUUGGUUUUCUUGAUUUUAUUCUUAAAACUGAUGAUCCUCGUGCUAGAUUAUUACGUGAUUUAUUUAUAUUUAAACUUGUACCAAUACUUAAUCCUGAUGGUGUUCAACGUGGUCAUUAUAGGACAGAUCAAUUUGGUGUUAAUCUAAACCGUAUGUAUCUUGAUCCUGAUUUUGAAAAACAUCCAUCAAUUUAUGCUGCUAAAAGUUUAAUUGCAUAUCAUCAUAUUAAUAAUUCUAUUUCACCAAAACCAAUAUUAUCAAUCAAUGAUAUAUUUAAAGAUUUUAUGGUUCAUGAAAAAUCAACAUCACUUAUACAAAAUAAUGAUCAUUUAUUAAAUACUAGUCAGAUUCAAGAUAAAUCAACAAUAAGACAAACACAUUUUCAUCAGGAAACUCGUUUUGAAACAAAAACAAUGUCAGAUCAUAAUAUAUAUAACAAUUCAACUUUAGAAGAACGUACAAUUAAUGCAGAAAAUCGACCUUUCUUUAUUGAACGAACUGAAAAUGGUUUAACUUCUAAUAUGACAACAGAAAUUGAUGAUAUAGAUAUUCAACGUGCAUCUCCAUAUGCAUUUCAUUAUGUAAAUGAAAAUUUAGAACUUCAUCAUGAUUUAUUUCCUGUUGUUAACGAUGAUGAUGAUGAAGACGAAGGAAAUCUUCGAAAUCAGAUGAAAGGAAAUGAAGGUUCUGAUGAUGAAGAUGAUAUGUUCUCAUCUGGUCAAAAUAAUGAAAAUGGUGUUCAAGAACCUAAAUCACCGCAUUUAUCAAAUCCAGAUUUCCUCAAAAUAUCUCCCUAUGAAAGUGGUGUUGCUUAUUAUCUAGAUUUACAUGGUCAUGCAUCUAAAAAAGGUUGUUUUAUCUAUGGUAAUCAUUUACCUGAUGAUGAACAACAUACAGAUAAUAUUCUCUUUCCAAAAUUAAUUUCGCUUAAUUCUCCACAUUUUGAAUAUGAUAAUUGUAAUUUUACAAUCAAAAAUAUGUAUAUGAAAGAUAGACGAGAAGGUCUAUCGAAAGAAGGUAGUGGUCGUGUUGCACUUAAUAAACAUUUUGGUAUACUUCAUUCAUAUACACUUGAAUGUUCGUAUGCUGUUGGUAAAUCAUGUAAUGCAAUACCACCCGCUGAAAAUGAAUCUCAUGGUGGUCGAGUAUCACCACCAACACCAUGCUCAUUACCACCAAAAUUUACUAUUGAACAUUAUCGUGAUGUUGGAAAAGCAUGUGCUUUAGCAGCUAUUGAUAUAUUACCUGGACGAAAUCCAUUCACGCGUGUUGCUCACUCAACAUUUAAAACUUUACAUACAUUACGUGAUUACCUUAAACAUCAAAUUAGACAACAACGUAAUAAAAUGGGUAAUUCUCGAACGGGUGCAUCGCAAAUAUCAUCAGUCACAAACAAUCGUGUUAAACAACAACAACAACAAUAUUUAACAAGAGUGACACAUACAUAUCGUACAACAAAUAAUUUAGCAACAACUACACAACAACAACAGUAG